UCUAUUUUUAGCAUUUCCCUUCCCUUCUCUCUCGCUUGAAGGGCCUAAAACUUUGCUAAUCAGACAACCAAAUUAAUAGUAACAAUAAUUAUGAUAAAAGCAAAAUAAAUGAAAAGGUUUGAAUCUUUUAGUGGUAAUGGCUGACAAUUUAAUGGAGGAGAUGUUUGAGUUUAAUUGGUAAAAUAAGCAGCGUAACAUAAGUUUUAAAAAAAAGAAGUGUUUACAAAAUGGAAACCAAGGAAGAAGCUGAAGGACAGGAAGACCGGUCUCGAUCUUCCAUUUGGGAAAUAAACCCUGAUUUUCAGGAGGCUGUGAAUGAGGUUGUAGAAACACGGAACCCAGUGCAGCCUGGGAACACUGGUCCACCAAGGCUGCCGCCAUCGGGGCAUAGACACACUCGGAGUGAAUUCCCAACGUCAGGGAACUGGCGUAGCAAUAGUUUCCAUAGAUUGAAAAUUCAGAUGCAGAAGGCUUGGCAAUGGGGUGGCCAUUCGAGGGAUGAUUGGUACCACUCGAGCUUCAAUCCCGAGGUUUUGGCAAACCAGAAACGCCAGUGGUACCAACUCAGCUCCAAGUCUAUGGAUCAUAUUAAAUACAGGCAACCCGAAUCAAUCUUCGAGCACUUCAUUAUUGUCGGGAUUCAUCCAGAUGCAAAUCUUGGGGUCAUGGAGGAAGACUUUGCUAGACGGAAGAAGUGGGAGAUGGAGAUGAAAAGAUCUGGAAUCAUAGAUCUUAAGCUGAUACAGCAUAGGGGGCCUCCACUUCCGACAUUCGAGCCUCAGAUGCUUUUUAAAUACCCCCCUGGGAAGAGUUUAGCUAUGCGUACGAAGGACUUGGCCAAUUUUUGUUUUCCCGGAGGUGUUAAGGGACGGUUGCUGGAAAGAACUCCAUCACUCAGUGAUCUAAACGAACUUCUUUAUGGACAGGAGCAUUUGAGCAUAGACGAUAGCGCGUUUAUUUUUAAACUUGAGGGCAAUGCUACGAUUUACGGUGUUUGCUUACACGUUCUGGAACUUGUUCAGAGGCAACCUGGUAUUUUAGGUGUUACAUCACCUCCUAGAUCAUCUGGAGCAUGCUGCCAGUUUAUGGUAUCUGCACCUCGCUGCUAUUGUUUGCUAACUAAAGUGCCUUUCUUUGAGUUACACUAUGAGAUGUUAAACAGUAUCAUUGCUCAGGAGCGCUUGAAUCGAAUAACAGAAUUUGUUAAUGAAAUGUCUUUGUCUCUCAAUGAUUAUGUCCCAUCUGCCACCAAACUAGAUGAAGAAAUGAAUGAUAAUGCCGAGUCUCUAGACCGAGAGUAUGUUAACAAUUGGAUGGCUUCUGCAAUACCUGUUAACAGUUCUAUAACUCAUAAUCCAGCUGCUGGUGGAUUAACUGCUGAUGACGAGGUUUCAUCUGUUUCACUAAAGAUGAGUUCAGCACUGACAUCUGAAAGUGUAGCAGCAAGUGACGUUUCAGAUUUGGGCCAAGUUGUGGACAUAGAUAGGGAUGGUAGGAAGAAUGUCCUAUAUUUUGAUGAUAAUAUAUCUGUAGCCUCGGGAUAUCAUUCUGAUGCCUCCGAAAGAAUAAAUGGCAACUAUGAAAAUGAACAAGCUUCUCCUGAGAUUGGAACGUUUAUUAGCUUGAGGAACCGUAAAUUCGAGAGAGUUGGGAGUUCUCCAUGCCUAUUCAGUCCAGCUAGAAGCCUGGCAUCAGAGGAUGACGAUGACGAUGACCUUUUCUCAAAUCCUGAAAAAGAUUUCGGGGAUGACUUAAUAUUGGAGUGGGCUAGAGAAAACAAAAACGACAUUCUUGGGAUCGUUUGUGCUUAUCAUGCUAUAUCUCUUCCUCCACGAGGAAGUGAAAUAAUUUUUCAGCCUCUUGAGCAUUUACAGGCUAUUGAGUAUGUGAGACUUCCAGUUUCUGCCCUUGGAGUGGAUGAAAGUCUUAUAUCUUCAUCUGAUCCUGCCGAGGUUGAUGCAAAGUUGGCAGCAGCUGAGGAAGCUUUUGCACUUUCCGUAUGGACAGUAGCAACAAUUUGUCGAGUCCUCUCCCUUGAUAGUAUUUUAGCAAUGGUUGUUGGAGUAUUAUUGGAAAAACAGGUCGUAGUAAUUUGCCCUAAUCUGGGUGUCUUAUCGGCUGUGGUGUUAUCUAUGGUUCCUUUGAUUCGUCCGUUCCAGUGGCAGAGUUUAUGUCUUCCAGUGCUGCCGAUGAGGAUGCUUGAUUUUCUUGAUGCACCAGUUCCGUUUCUUGUUGGCUUACAACAUAAACCCAUGGAUUUGAAAAUGAAAACAUCUAAUCUUGUUCAAGUUAAUGUGCACAAGAACCAGGUGAAAACAUGCCACUUGCCUACCCUUCCUCGACACAGAGAACUUGAAUCGGAACUAGGGCCGAUACAUUCCAGACUCUCAUUAGAAGGUUCAUUUGCUAGAAAGCAUCCCACAUAUAGGUGCAAUGAAGUGCAGGCUGAAGCUGCAACAGAAUUUUUGGAAGUCAUGCGACAAUACUUCGAGUCACUUUGUGCGGAUCUGAGAUCUCAUACAAUUACUAGUGUAGAAUCCAGUGACAGGGUUUCCUUACUACUUAAAGAUAGCUUCAUCGACUCUUUUCAUAGCAGGGAUCGGCCUUUUAUUAAGCUGUUUGUAGACACUCAACUAUUUAGCGCUCUAUCGGAUUAUCGAUUGUCUACCUUUGAACACGAACCCUUAACAUAAUCCGACCAACAGGUACAUUGCGUCAGGAUAAGAUUCCUAGAUGCAGAACUCCAUCAGAUAUAAAGUACUGUGUAACUCUGGAAGAUUGAUGGCAUCUCAAACAUUAUUGGUAGUGACCCUAAGCCAUUUUCGAACAGUGAAGGGUGUAGUGCCAUAAAAUUGUGACUCACUUGGCAGCAAAAGGCUGCUAAAAUGCUUAUGGAUCAAAUUUUGGUCUUACUCACAAAUCCUUAUAAAUGUCAACACUUUAUAGAGUAACUCUUCAUGAAAUGAUCAAUGUAUAAUAUAGGUUUCUUUGGAUGAUUUUGAUGGCCUAUAAAUAUCUUGC